UGGCAGUUCUUACGGCAGAAGGGAAUGUAGGCGUGUCUUGUAGAGCUGUAGAGCGUAGUAGACCUAGUAGCCGUAGUAGGCUAACGUAACAUUAUUGUUGAAGUUCAGAUCGGUUAGAUGGUUUAGAUCGUUUAGAUAGCUGGGCUAGUGUUGUACGCGUUGUGCGUGUAUGUUACAACAGUUAAUGAAAAUGGAGAUGCUGGAAUAGAACGCGAGGCAGAUGUUUCUAAUUGUGAUCUAUAAACCUGUUAUAACAACGGGAUUGAAUUUGUUGGAAAGGGUGCUUAGGAAUUGUUAACCACGUGCAUGUUAUCGAUAUAUAGCAUGAUUGUCAUUUCAAGGAGAACACGAAACUCCGUGCUUGUCUAUAGUAAACUGAAAUUGCUGAUCACAGCCUCAGUUAGUACUUGGUCACCAUUAGCAACAGCAUUUAAUACCAGACCUGGGCGGAAGCUUAAUCUGAGUCUAAUUAAGGAUGACGCUGGAUUGUUCGGCGUUCCAGAAUUACGGAGUCAUGACGGUUUUUAUGCCAUGAGAGAGCGAACGGUAUGGGAAACAGAAAAAUUGAUCUCUGAAGCAUGCGGUCCCGACAGGACCCGCAAGAUGGUAGAAAUAUUUGAUGAACUGUCAGACACACUGUGUAAAGUUGCAGAUUUAGCUGAAUUUGUCAGGAUCGCCCACCCACAAGCUGCACAUUCCCAGGCUGCUGAAGAUGCUUGUGUCAGUAUUAGUGGAAUAGUUGAAAGACUGAACACCCACCAAGAGCUGUACUGUGCACUUCGUGCCAUUGUGGAUGGAGGGGACAAAUUUCCUAUGUCCUCUUUAGAUCAACAUGUUGCACAACUCUUCCUAUUUGACUUCGAACAGUCUGGCAUCCACCUGCCAGAGACAGAGAGAAAGCGAGUUGUGGCACUCAAUGAUUCAAUCCUGCAAGUGGGACAGAGGUUCAUAGCAGGUGCUGUUUCUCCACGCGCUAUCCCAAGGGACUCACUUCCACAAAACUUACGUCAGUUUUUUUCAGUUGAUGGUGACCAAGUACUGGUGACUGGUUUGUAUGCAGACUCUCCCAAUGCAAUGGUGCGUGAAGCAGCAUAUCGUAUCUACCUGCACCCAGACAAACAUCAAGAGUAUCUGCUUAGUGAGAUGCUUAGUUCUCGCCACGAACUUGCUCAGCUUUGUGGCUUUCCAACAUUCAGUCACAGGGCUCUGAAGGCAAGCACAGCAGAGACUCCUGACACAGUAAACCAGUUCCUUGAUAUCAUGACCCAGAGACUCCACAAGAGGGCAGCAGUUGAUUUUGAUGUUAUGAAAAAGCUGAAGGCUGCUACAAACACAGGAUCCACUGAAGAGGAUUUGGCCCCCUGGGAUACACCAUACUACACACACAAAGUGAAAAGAGAUUGGUUGCAGGUUGGCAGUACUGAAUUCUCCCCAUACUUCUCACUUGGGACUUGUAUGGAGGGUCUCAACAUUCUCACAAACAGCUUGUACAAUAUAAGUCUCAUCAGUGAUGAACUGGCACCUGGGGAAGUCUGGGCUCCUGAUGUUUACAAACUUGCUGUUUUUCAUGAAAGAGAGGGACUUCUAGGACAUAUUUAUUGCGACUUCUAUGAGCGCCCAGGAAAACCCAACCAAGACUGCCACUUCACAAUUCGUGGUGGAAAGGAACUACCAGAUGGAUCAUAUCAGAAUCCUGUGGUGGUCCUGAUGUUGAAUCUGCCAACACCAUGCUGGUCAAAUCCAAGCCUCUUGACCCCUAGCAUGGUAGACAAUCUGUUCCAUGAGAUGGGACAUGCUAUGCAUUCCAUGUUGGCACGAACACGCUACCAACAUGUCACAGGGACCAGAUGUAGCACAGAUUUUGCAGAAGUGCCAUCAGUAUUGAUGGAAUAUUUUGCUGCUGAUCCCAGAGUAGUACGUACGUUUGCCAAGCACUUUCAGACACAGGAAUGUAUGCCAGAAGAGAUGCUGGUGCGGCUCUGUGCCUCCAAACAUCUGUUCGCUGCUUCAGAAAUGCAAGUACAGGUCUUCUACUCUGCUCUUGACCAACGGUAUCAUGGCUCACAUCCUCUUGAAGGAUCCACAACUAGUGUGUUGGCUGAACUUCAGAAGCAAUACUAUGGCAUACCAUAUGUUCCAAACACAGCAUGGCAGUUGAGGUUUUCACACUUGGUAGGGUAUGGAGCAAAAUACUAUGCAUACCUUUUGUCACGUGCUGUGGCAGCAUGGAUAUGGCAAACAUAUUUUGAAGCUGAUCCUCUGAAUUCAUUUUCUGGAGAACGAUAUCGUCAGGAAUGCUUGGCACAUGGUGGAGGCAAGCCAGCACGUGAGCUUGUAGCUGAUUUCCUGGGAAGAGAAGUCACUCCUGAAAAUCUUGCAAACAGCUUAAUAAAUGAAAUUGACAGUAAAAAUGAGCAUAUUAAUAGAAUUCGGCAGUAAUGUUUUGUUAUGAGAUAUGUAUGAGCUGCAGGCCAAUAAACAUCAUGAUAUAUGAGUAGAAAAUGAGAGUGUACUGGAUAAUGUGCUUUAGUAUCCAGUUAAUUUGUUAAAAUAUCUUCUACAUUUGCGUACUUUGUACAUAAUAUAUAUAUAUAUCACAAAUAUUAUAUACUCUGUUAUGUUGAAACAAAGGGGGCUGGUAGCCCAGAUGGGCAGAUCCAAAAUGAAUGGGAGAUUGGGGAAUAUCCUUGUAGAUGUGAUAUGAUAUUAAAGGCCAAAAGCCCUUCUGGGAAAUAGGGGCUAUAUUUGACUGAUU